ACUAAGCAAGCAACCACUACUUCCGGGUUAAAACUGGAACACGGAAAUGUGCCGUUCACAGUUGUCCGAAUCAAUGGACGUUUUAAUCAAGCUGAACCGCCUUGGAUGUGCAGUAAGACUGCACAAGGGACGAGUGAGACACCAGAGUUUGCGUUCAGCAUCAGGGGGGAGAGACUUCCCCCCAGUAAGCCAUCUUAAUGUACAGCAAGCUACGGCCAUUUGGGAGCAGCGCUUUCGAGGAUGUGGGGUCUCCGAGCCAUACCUCUCCAGCCAGUACAUCAUGGCACACAUUCUGGGAGCCAAGACUAUGGCGAGCCUGGAUCCCAUCAUUAUGACAAAGGAGCUGACAGGUGUACAGACACACCGAUUCUGGGAGCUCUGCUCAAAACGUCUUGCAAGGAUGCCAGUGCAGUAUGUUAUUGAGGAGUGGGACUUCAGAGAUCUGACACUGAAGAUGAGGCCUCCCGUUUUUAUCCCACGCCCAGAGACGGAGGAGCUGGUGGGCCUGGUACUGGCCGGGUUCCAGUCGAGAUGGGACAGCAGAGUGCCAAGUCUGCGGUGUCUGGAACUAUGCUGUGGGUCUGGAGCCGUCUCCCUCAGUUUACUCCAUAGCCUACCCCAGCUCAGUGUAGUUGCAGUGGACAAGAGUACGGAAGCAGUGAGUCUGACUCAGGAGAAUGCUCACAGGUUGGGGCUUCAGGACAGACUAGAGGUUCGACAGUUGGAUCUCACUGUGGACGCAGAGGUGAUAUUGAAGGAGUGUGGUCCAGUCGACAUACUGGUCAGUAACCCCCCAUACCUGUUCUCCCAGGACAUGACGUCCCUGGAACCCGAAAUCCUCAGGUUUGAGGACCCAGCUGCACUGGAUGGAGGAGCAGAUGGGCUGCAGAUCAUUGCACAGAUACUGACUCUGGCUCCACACCUCCUAAAGGACCUGGGAUUUGUGUACCUGGAGGUAGACCCUAGGCACCCUCCAGUGAUCCAGAAAUUUGCGGAGGAAGAAAAGAUAGGACUGGAGUACAUUCAGACACACUAUGACAUCACGAACAGGCCACGUUUCUGUGUCCUGCAGAGAAGAGGAGCGGAAAACUAAACAGGGGAGCGAGUGUCAUUCCAUUGUCAUUAUUGUAUUUUUAUUGUUAUUAUUGUGAAUCCAUGUGCUUCGACUAUUGUGCAUUGUUAACUCAUUCUGUGCUUAAACUGGCCAUUCAAGCCUUGAAACACUGGGUAAUGCUAUGCCAAUUAAACCAUUCAUCCAGCCCACUCAAAUUUCAUUUUGAGAAUGAAAUCUGUGUCAAAGGGAGGAAAUAUUCAAGAAAGAAAAUGGAGCACUCUGCUGGGUCAGGACCCGAGUAGGCUGCUACGUGCCUGGUACAUUUCUCCCUCCAGCAAACAACCCAAAAUGGAUAUACCAAACUACCAUCCCAAACUAAUCUGGGAAGAUUGGGGUUGAUCUGGAUUCAAUGCUGGGAGGUGCAGUCUCAGCCACGUAGUCCCUGGGUGCAAGUGGAGUGUGAGUGCGGGAGAGAAAGGACUGAGAGAGAGAAAACCCCACUCCUCCACUCCACAAGCCCAAGCGCUGCACCCCCAGAAGCGGGCGUUGAGUUUCACUGGCUGCCUUCCAGCUUAGCGCCCUCGCCGUCCCCUCCCCCCCUCCCCCUCUCCCCAUCUCGUCUCCACUUUAUACUGCCCUGUUUUUCAAUACGUCUGUCCCAAUUUCUCUCUACGCUCCGCAAUUAGAAUUCCGAUCGAGAGUUUCUUUGUGGCACUAUUAUCGGUCUCACGCGAGUUGGAAAUCGCAUGGCUCCCAAUGGUUUUUCAAUUGUAUUUAAUAUUAGAAUUAUUAUUUAUUAUACUAAUAUUAUUUAGUAUGUUUCUCAUGCAAGUUUAUUAUUUUAUUUUUUAGCUCAAACAAAACCCUAAAACAAAAAUAAAACCGAUUACUGUUGCAUUUUC